AUGACUGGCCGCUCCCGCCGAGUCUACUUCGAAGACGAGAUCCGGGAAACGGAAACGCAGACGCGGCGCACCAGAGGCCACAGCCAGAGCCGCCGGCGAAGCCUCAGCGCGGACAGGGUCCACAGCAUCUACGACGACGCCGACAUGCAGGGCCGCGAGCGUGUAGUCGGGCGUGAGGCCUACGAGCAGCUGCUGAGGGAGAACCAGUACCUCACCAUCGAGCUCCGCGAUCUCGAGUCCACGCGGGUGUGGGCCGACCAGCUCCGGCGCGAGAACGCGGAGCUCCAGCGGGAGAACCGCGAGCUGCGCCGGUCCAGCGACUACACAUCGGACAACGAGGCCCGCAAGGACUCCAAGCUGCGCAAGAAGUACGCCAAGCUCGAGGUCGAGGUCAGCGAGCUCAAGACGAAGCUGGCCGAGUGGAAGAGCAAGGCGACCAACUGGCGCAAGCUCUACGAGGACGUCAAGAGCGUCUACGAGGAGACCAAGCGGCGCGAGGAGGACGUCCAGCGCCGCGUGCAGAUCAUGCGCCAGAACAUCACCCUCGUCGAGGCCGCCAGGGACCGUCUCGAGCAGGAGAACGCCACGCUCCGGCGAGGCCGCGAGCUCGAGGAGCGCCUCCGCCGCCGGCACUACUGA